AUGGAAAGAGAUGGUAAAGGUAAAAGAGGUCGUUACAUCCGCAUCUUGGAGCGGAAACCUGUGGAAGAUGAAGUAAGGCUCCAGUUGUCCUACUUAGAGUGUGGGAGGUCGGGGCUGGGGGAUUGGGAUGCGGGGCGGGAGGAGCUGAGGUUGGGCGCUCUCGGUCGCCGGGCCGUUUCUUUACUCGCUGGCAACUUCCGCAGCCCGUUGACGAAAUUGAAGUUAAUCAACGACCUCAAGGAGCGAGGGGACCAGCUGGGGGUGGCGGAGAAGGUGUCCUGGCACACCGAGUACAAGGACAGCAGCUCCUGGAUCUUCCUGGGUGAGUUAUAUGGUGAGAUUGUUAACAUAAGUCUGGUACACAAUAAGAAGACUGGGAAAUCCAAGGGAUUCUGUUUCCUUUGCUAUGAAGACCACCGGAGCACAAUUCUGGCUGUUGACAAUUUUAAUGGCAUCAAGAUCAAAGGACGGACUAUUCGAAUGGAUCAUGUGUCUAACUAUAGGGCUCCUAAGGACUCAGAUGAAUUGGAUGAUGUGACCAUAUUACUUCAGGAGAAGGGUUGUGGGGCACACAAGCCUCCAAAAUUUUCAGAUGAGGACUCUGAGGAUGACAAGCCCACAAAAAACGCAAAAAAGGUAAAACAAAAAGGAAAAAAAGUAAAUGAAGAAAAGCGGGAGGUACAGCACGAUGCACCAGUCUCCUCUUCAUCACCCAGAAGCAAGAUGCUACAGGAAAACAAUUCCCCCGACUGUAAAAAGUUCAACAACAAGAACUCAAAAAAGGUUCAGAAGUCAGAAUUCAGGGAGGGGCUGAAGCAAGGCCGGAGCAGAGACAGGGAGCCAAAGAAGAAGAAGCCCAAACAGGAACACAGGUCCUUAAGUAGGAGGGAGGAAAGGGAAGAAAAGAACAGGGAUAGCGACAGAGAUCAAAGGUAUGAAACUUCACUUGGCUUAAUUCAGGUUAACAUAAACGUUAAUCAUCACAAUUUACACUUGUUCGUGGAGGGGGCUGUUUCAGAGGUUUCCACUUUCCUCACUCUGGUAUCACUGAAACUACAGGCCAAGGAUCCACUUAGAAUUUAA